AUGCGCUUCGAGCUGCUCGGCUGCCAAGGUUUUGUAGGUCAACAUAUUUCCUCACUAAAUGAUACCUCCGCCCUUUGCCCCGCAGUGGAGAACAUCGCCUACAAGGGCAGCACUUGGGUCAACGACAAGAGACACUCGUGGUCAGACUGGAACUACGCCCCGGCGAGCCUGGCCGUGGACGGGAACCGGGACACGACCCUGCAAUCGUGCCCCGUCAUCGACAACGACAGCGUGGACGAGCCCGUGUGGAUGGUGGACCUGGGCAGGCGGCAGCAGGUGCGCGGCCUGGUGCUGCUCACCUGGCAGGGACGUGGCCAAGACCAGCAGACCCUGUACCGAGACUACGUGUUCGGCCUUGACCGCCUCACAGUCUUCGUCGAGAACCAGCGUCGCCUGGACACACUGUCGCCGCAGGACCACAAAAAGUGCGCCUCCAUUACAAGACUGAACAACGCUCUCUUCAGAGAGCGCGUGCACGUGGAGUGUCCUCAGCCCAUCAAGGGUCGUUUCCUGUACAUCAAGGCGAGCGGGGUUGCCAACAGGUGGCACCGCGUCUUCUCCAUGGUGCUGUGUGAGGUGAUGGCGUACUGACCCGCCUCGGCUGCUCACCACGCCCUCACCGACAUCAA